GGGGGGGACAAGGUGAAAGUCUCCCUUUGAGCAUUACAAGCCAAAGAUGACGAGGAGCGGAUAAGUGGACGACUGAGCCAACUGAUGCUUCCGGAGCGGGACGAUGAUUGGCGCUGAGGAGCAAAACAAGUUGAAAGCCAAAGGAUGACGGCCGCCAGCAGCCCCGUCAGUAGCCCCGCCUCCUCCCGCUCCUCACCCGCCUGCCUCCCGGCAGCGUGCCGCCUGAGAAGAGGCGGCGCUGCCCGAACCCGACUGCACCUGCGCUCGGCCCCGGGGGUGUGGCUCAUGGUGGGCGUGGCCGUGGUGCUGGCGGGGAUGAGCGUGGCCGUGGCGGGGUAUGUGUCCGCCGUGCCCAAGCCCGUCGGGGGGCGCGUGGGCAGCCACGUGGAGAGGAUGAAGCUGGCGGGGCCCGUGGUCAUGGGCGUGGGACUCUUCAUCUUCAUCUGCGCCGCCACGCUGCUCUACGAGAACCGGGAUCGGGAGGUCCACAGGUUGAAGUCCUCGGAGGACCUGGAGGACCUUAAAGGGGACCUCGGCUGGGAUGACUCGCAAGACCGAGCCAGCUUCAGUAGUCAGGAACAUUGGGAGGGGAGAGACGGGGACCAGGGGUGGUUCACACCACCCCUCUCCAACCAAGACUGGGCCCUAUAUCCCCUCCCUUUGUGUCUGGGGCGACACAACCACGAGGACAACGCAACAUCUCAGCCGCCUCGCACCGAAACCGAGAACACAGCAGAGAGCGAGGGGAGGUCCACUCUCCUGGCCAGAGUUCUGCACCACCAGGAGCCAAGUCCCAGACUCUCGUCCUGCGACCUGCCGGUUCCUCACUCCUCCGCCUACGUGGAUGGUGAGAACCGUAACACACGGACGGCGUCGGCACUCCUGCCGGAACCUUGAAGGAGAACUGGAAGAUCCCAUGAGGUGUUUGAAUUGUAAAUGUUCCAACACCUUAAAGAGGAGGUGCUCCUCAGGCUUCCAGACUGCCGGCCGACAACUUCACGCCUUGAGCCGAUGCACUUCCACUUCCUCAAGGCGGGGGGGCGCUGAUUUUUCUGACUUUCCAGUUUCCUGGGACGGAACCUAAAUCCUCUCUCAUACAGAGAUUCCGCAAAAUUGGUGUCAUACAUUCAUUCAUUCAUUCCGAGGGUGGGGAAAGACAAAAUAAGAAGCCAAAAAGUUACCACUUCCACACAAAAUAGGAGGAGAACUCAUUCAUUCAUUCAUUUUCUACCGCUUAUCAUCACGAGGGUCGCGGGGGGUGCUGGAGCCUAUCCCAGCUGUUUUCUUAGGGCGAGAGACGAGGUACACCCUGGACUGGUGGCCAGCCAAUCACAGGGCACAUAUAGACAAACAACCAUUCACACUCACAUUCAUACCUAUGGACAAUUUGGAGUGGCUAAUUAACCUAGCAUGUUUUUGGAAUGUGGGAGGAAACCGGAGUACCCGGAGAAAACCCACGCAUGCACGGGGAGAACAUGCAAACUCCACACAGAGAUGGCCGAGGGUGGAAUUGAACCCUGGUCUCCUAGCUGUGAGGUCUGUGCGCUAACCACUCGACCGCCGUGCCGCCCUUGCGUCAUACAGAGAAGCUAAUAUCCGUUUGCAUGUCCACCCAUCGACAUGGCCGAUGUGUACGAUUCCCGUCACGCGGCGGACAGCUGCUUUCAACGCAGGAUGGGGGGAAGUGAGUGUUGAACUUUGCACCCUCUUCCGCUGUCCCCUUUCACACAUCCGCCGUCCUGAGAAGACGCCUGAGUCUUUCACACGUCUGUAACGUCGCAAUUUCACACAGCCGUCAUCCUGCCUCUACACCCCCACCCCCCCGUGUACGCUGGAACGCCGCAUAAUUUAGAAUGUGGCGUCAGAUCCCGUGUUGGAAAAAUGGCGCAUCAGAGCCGUAACAGGAGAGAGCAGGCAUUUAUUUGCCGGUGUUGCAAUAUUGUGUAAUAAUAAUAAUAAUACGUAAUACCGGGAGAUGGUGCAUUUAUGUGUCUUUCAGAACCCAGUAAAUUGGGGCACUGCUGUGUUUGUUGUUGCGUUUCAUAAGACAAAAUCUGUCUUCCAAAAAACGACUUCUUUGCUGUGAUGAUUGAAAUACUUGUGAGGCAUUUGAUUAUUGCAUUGUGUGUUAUAGCAGGUGUGUCCAAAGUGUGGCCUGAGGGCCGUUUUUACAUUCUAAAAAUAGUAAAAACUAAACAAUAACACGGCCAAAAUAAUUGACAAAAUUGUUAAAACCAUACAUUUACAUUACGAUAUGUCAUAAUUACAUCAAAAAUAGCAUCAUGCUAGUAGCAUAAAGUUGAAAUAUUGAAGAAAGAUGUCAAAAUAUUAUGAAAAACUAACAAAAUCUUAUCUUAACUAACAAUAUCUUAUUUUACAAGACUAAAUUUGUAUUAUUCCAUCCAUGUAUUUUCAAUACCGCUUAUCCUCGCGGGUAUGCUGGAGCCUAUCCCAGCUGUUUUAGGGCGAGAGGCGGGGUACAGCCAAUCACAGGGCACAUAUAGACAAACAACCAUUCACACUCACAUUCAUACCUAUGGACAAUUUGGAGUCGCUAAUGCUAACCUAGCAUGUUUUUGGAAUGUGGGAGGAAACCGGAGCACCCGGAGAAAACCCGAGGCCAAGUGGAGAUUCGAACCCAUGUCUCCCUAAUUUCCUACAUGUGACCUACAUGCUAACCACUCAUCCACCGUGCGGCCCAAUUCAUAAUAUUAUGAGGACAAAUACUGCCAUAGCACUGAGUUGUUGUAAUAUUAUGACAAUCAAAACAAAUAAAGUUGUAAUUUUUGUAAAAAAUGUGUUCAAAUAUGUGAAUGGAGUCAAAAUAUUAUGGGAAUGAAGUCAUCAUAUUACAAGAGAAUAUUAAUUAUUUUAUUAUUAAUUAAUUAUUUAAGAAAAAAGUUGAGAUAUUUGGGUAAAAAACCUCAAAA